AUGGACGGAGUGAAAGAAGAUGGCGGCGCCCAGCUAGAGCCGAUCAUGGCGGAUGCCUCAAGGUGCAAGCACAGAAAACAGGCGAACCCGAGGAGAAAAAACGGAAAACGUUCCUAUGGCCAAUUGUGUAUGAACAAGUGAAGGGGUAGGGAGAAAAGCAGGGGACAAGAUCAAAAUGGAGUUGGAAGAGGAAAUUCUGUACAAGACUACACUUUCUUCCUUUGAACAAAAACGAAGUUUUAAUCACCAAAGGACAGAUAACAAUGAAUGAAGGUCAAAAUAGCUAUGUUAAAGAAAUUAAUGAAGAGUAUGUAAAGAAAGAAGAUGAUUUGCAGGAUGAAAAACAUGAAGAUGUUGAAAUGAAAGAAGAUACCAUAUGUUCAUUUGACCAAAGAGCAAGCCCUCAAAAUGAGACCAAACAAGAAGUUGACAAUGUAGAUGACAGCCAAACACAAAUCUGUGAACAGAUGCAGGGUUUUAUUCAUGACUCACCAAAGGCUGCUGGACUGCAGUUAUUUCAUUUAAAUCAAAAUGAGAAACAGCGAGUAUUGCCAACUACAUUUGGUCAACAUACACAAGAGAAGCCUGCUGGAAUGACAGAUGGGCCUAACAGUGUACAUAAGGACAAAGAUACACAAGGACCUCCAUCCACUAUGACUUGUCAGAAGAAAAGUUUGUCAACCAAGGGUCAUUUCAGGACCAUUGCUCCAAAAGUUAGUCCAUCACCAAUGGCAGUAUCUGCUUCUUCAAUGGUACCUCUUUCCACCAUUAGUGGCAUUUCUAGUGGACCCACUAUUUUAUCAGAUAUUCAGACAAAUACAUAUUCAACAAAGAAUGCAAAGCCCAUAAUCAUGCCAGCUCGGAACUAUGCGCUGAUGCCUGUUGCUGGAAAAGAGGGAACUUACUCACUUGUAGCCCUGCCACAAGUUGCUGCCGCUACUCCACAAAUAUCUUCAAAGGUCAGAAAAUCAGUCACAGGCUCUUGUACUAGUCAGGCACCAGUUUCUCAAGCCAUCAAUAGACCACCAGUUGUAGCAUUUGGGCAGACCGCACCUCAUGUUGCUGCCACUGAAAAAUUGAAGUUACCAAUUCCACGCUACCAGUCGAUGUGGGCCCAACCAGCUGUGAAGCAAGGAACAGUCUCAAAACUGGCAGUAGUGAAGCCAAGUAAUCUUCAGUGUCGAUCAUGUAUGCCAGGAGCAACAGCAAUACAGGUUCAACCAUCUGCAGUGCCCAGCCAUUCAAAUAUUGAUUCAAAUGUCGUAGCACCUAAAACUGGAUUGUUGCUUGAUGUGGACAAAGCAGGAUGUGUCUCUGCUGACAUUACAGUUCCUGCAACACUUCCACAGGAUAUAAAUCUGAUGCUUCAACAUUCUUCCCCAUCCAAGUAUGACAUAUUGAAAAACAAUGAAACAACUGAUGUGGACAGGCCUAUGCCACAGCCUGGGGAAGCAAAAGUUAUUUCUAAGCCCAGUCUGGAUCAACUGUCAGCAACAUGCAGCGUUUCAACAUGGCCUGUUGUCCAAACUGACCGACAAUCUCCUCUUAUCACUAAGUGUACUGGACCAGUUGGUUCUGUGCCACUAAUGCAUUUUGGAAAUUCAGUUCAGUUUAUUGCACCUACUCCUGCACCAAAAGGCAAAGUUCCUAUUUUACCAUACUCACGAAUGAAAAGCACUAUUUUUCAUAAGCCCAGACAAAAUCAGACAACUUCUGUAACAUUACCUACCCAAUUCAAGGCAGGAAUCCCCACUGCAUUGUCAGUCAGUGAUCAGUCUGGAGCUGCUGAAAUGUCUAAGGAUAUCUGUAUGGCUUCUGAUUUUCAUGGAGACAGUGCUCAUAAACCAGGUAGCCCAUUAUCGUUUACGCCAACCUGCAAUACAGAUCCACGUAUAUCAGAAAAAAGGAUUCUAGAUCGACUAAAGAAACCAAACAGCAAUGUAGUCAAACACAGAUUAGUAAGUAAAAGGAAGAUCACAGAUAAUGUAACCAUUUCCAAAGUGAAAAGAUUUCAGACCAGAACACUCUUGAGCAGAGUGCAGGAAGAUGAAGAAAAGAUGAAAUCUGAUUUUUCUCCACAAGACUCUGGAACUUUCAAAAUGAACAUGAAAACAGUAACAAAUGAAAAUUCAGACAGAACAGCUGAAGUGCUGAAGAAGUUUUGUAACAUUAUGCCCAAGCCUGUAGCAGUUACACAGGCUGUAACUCCAUUAGCAUUGUCUGGAAGGAUGUUUACAGUCCAGAACCUUGCUAGUUUAAAAACAGAAACUGCACUAAAUGAUGCAAUAAUCAACAAAACGGCUAACUUGGUGCAGGUUGCCGGUACAUCUGGCCACUACAGAAACUUGCCUGGUCAGUUGGUCUCGGAUGAACAAGCAUAUAAAUGCAAUGUUUGUGAUCGAGGAUUUCAGUUUAAACAUCACCUUCAGGAUCAUUUGAAUAUUCACUCUAAGAGCAGGCCUUACUGCUGUCGUAUUUGUCACAAGGCCUACAGUCAUUCAGGCAGCCUUAGCACUCACAUGAAAAGGUGCCAUAGUGAAGUACACCGUAAGAAGCUUAUGUGCUGCGAGUUUUGUGCAAAGCUCUUUGGACAUAUUGGAGUCUACUUUUUUCAUUUAAAAGAAAUUCACAAGGUCUUAAUCAGCAAUGAGCAGCCCAAUAAUUCACUUCUUCCAAAUAAGACAAAUGAAAACAGUAAGGAAGGAUUGCUAGGAGCUGCGCAACAUCUGCCUCUGUCAGACAGGAAGCAAACUGAGGAUAAUCAAUCACGUGCUGAAAUAGUUGGCCUCAGCACUUUGCAAAUAAAAUGUGCUCGUUGCCAAGUUGUCACCCCCACCUUUGUUGAUAUGAAACUUCACCUGUUAUGUGCUCAUGAGGAAGAGCUACAGCUGAGGGUAGAAGAGAGAUCAGUGAAUGAUGGAAGUAGAUGCAUCAGUGGAUUUCCUAUCUACUCAAGCAUGGAAGCCGAACAAGAGCUGCUCAAGCAUGCGGCAAACUACUGGAAACAGCUUGGUGAGAAGAAAACUCUGAUCAAGUGUGGCAUUUGUGAAGAAGCUUUUCAAUCCUGUUUUAAAUUGAAGAAGCACAUGAAUUUGCAUUAUAAACAGCAGCUCCAGCCAGGUGCUGUGGAUUCAAAUACAGUUCCUAAGGCUAAUAAAAUUCAGUUCAUUACAAAUAUAGGGUUUAAUUGUAUUUUGUGUAAACAGAACUGUGGAAGCAAAUCUGAACUCUUCAGGCACUGGCAAAGUUACCACAAGUGCAAGGACCCUGCUGUUUUGUGGACAGUCUUCAGUUCAUUGAAUGUACAUUGCACGGUAAAUGACGAAUUGCCCAAUGUUUCACCAGAGCACACCGCUGUCGGCACUGAACCAUUCUGCAGACAUGUUGUUGAUUCUGCAUCGCAGUAUGAACUACACGACAGGGAAAAGAUUGUCGAUGAGUGCAAGGUGCACUUGAGCAACUGCACUGGUGGAGCAGAAGGCAAUCUUGAUUAUUGCCACUUAACAUGUCCAUUUUGCUUGAAGAUCUUUUACUGCGUGAACUGGAAAGGUAACAAUGGCAAAGUUGUUGUCUUUCAGCCAGAGGAUGUUGUGCAUCAGUGCCCAAAGUGCCUACUAAAGUUCUCAUUAACUGCUAAAGGCCUUGGAGCUCAAGUACUCUGUACUUCAUCCAAACAUUGUGAUUAACAUACCAGUGCUUCAGGAACUUAAAAUGUCUCUGAGGUGAGUUGGUAGCCAGUGUAAAAUACUGAAAUUGGACUGCGACAUGUUAAUUAUUAAUAUUAAUUCAAAAUAUAUGCUCCUCAUGAGUGUCCAGGUGAAACAGUAUUCUAAUGGAGAAGGACUGGUUGUGAGACUGUAGUUUUACUUUCAAAUAAAACUGUCUUGGAUUCUUGUAAUGUGACGGCGCAUGGUAAAAUUUGGCAUGGAAUGGGAAAUGGCAUAAAUAGAAAAUCAAACAGGAAGGGCAAUCUACUGAAAAAUAAUUCAGCAUAUAAUCAAAAUUUGAAAUGGUGUAACAGAAACUAAUGCAGUAUCUUUAGCCUUGAGGACAAUAAAUCAAUGUUGCUGCAGUGAACAACAAUGCACUUUGUUUCUGUGGCAAAUAUAUAACUCAGAUCCCGAAAUUAAAAUGUAAAUUGUUGUUAAUAUUGUAAAAUAGUGUACUCAGUUUUGACACUGAAGAUGCCAAAUAAGCCAUAAAAUUGCUGUAGCUCCUCCUAGUGGGACAAAAAAAUCAUGCAAAUAUUACUUCAAGUUAUCAACAGUCUGUCAGAUUUCAUGGUGAUAAAAUGCUUAUUGCACUGUCACACCAGAGUUUUAAAAUAGUGGGAGUUUAUGAAGAAUAUCCUUAUUGUCUCCAUGAUGUAUUUUGUUGACUUAUUUUCUUUUUCUCUCUCUUACCUCACUUGCAUUGAGAUACAUUAAAGUGGUUACUUGCAGCACUCUCGUACCUGAUCUAAUUAGCCAUCAUUUCAGUAUGAAACUGGAUGGUUACUGAUAGCAGCUUCCUUGCCCACAGGGAUGUCACAACCAAGUGAUUUCUUGUCCUUAGCAUCAGUACAUGCACUUUAUUCAAGGCAAUGGUCGCAGAAUGGAAUUCAAAAGACUUUACACCACCAUGUAAGAAAGGUUUAUGUAUUUAAAUUGAUUAAUUUAGAAAUUUCUUAGGAAAAGUUUUUUAAAUUACAGAAGCAUAGUACCAAUUUAUAUAACCAAUAGAUUUUAUAUAGAUCAGAAUUGGAACACAAAAGAAGAUUCAUUCAUUCUAUCUUUGUGCCUCUGUUUAGUUCUUCGUGCAGGGCCUUGUUGAAGUUAUUUUAUUGUGAGAUUAGUUGUGCCAGUUGGAAAAGUGCUCUGGAAUAUUAAUAUAACAGACUAACUGCUGGGAACACGUCACUUGUCAGAGGGGAAUAGUUUAUGAUAUCAGGAGAUCUAAAUGUGAAGAAAAUUCAUUAUUAAAACGGUGGUAAGAGUUGUUCAUUUUGUUAGACAGCAAUCUUGAGGAAUGGGAUAUUUCUUACUUUCUUAAUGCUCUCUCUUCUCUUUCAAUAACCUUUACAAAAGUUCUCCCAGUCAUUUGGAAGCUGCAUAUUUCCAUUAUCUGCCCUUGGAUCAUUGCAAUCCUGAAGGAUUAACAAUAAAUAGUUAUCUCUUUACUGAGAUAACAAGGUGUAGAGCUGGCUGAACGCAGCAGGCCAAACAGCAUCAGAGGAGCAGGAAGGCUAACGUUUCGGGUCUAGACCCUUUUCUGAAAAAGGAUCUAGAUUAGGUUAGAUUAGAUUUCCCUACAGUGUGGAAACAGGCCCUUCGGCCCAACAAGUCCACACCGCCCCUUGAAGCAUCCCACCCAGACCCAUCCCCCUAUAACCCACACACCCCUGAACACUAUGGGCAAUUUAGCACGGCCGAUCCACCUAGCCUGCACAUCUUUGCACUGUGGGAGGAAACCAGAGCACCCGGAGGAAACCCACACAGACACGUGGAGAAUAUUCAAACUCCACACAGACAGUUACCCGAGGCUGGAAUCGAACCCGGGUCCCUGGCACUGUGAGGCAGCAGUGCUAGCCGCUGUGCCGCCCUAGGCCCGAAACAUCACCUCUGAUGCUGCUUGACCUGCUGCGUUCAUCCAACUCUACACCUUGUUAUCUCAGAAUCUGCAGUUCCUGCUAUAUCUUUACUGAAAUGCUUUAAUGAAUUGCUAAGGGAUCAAAGAACAUUGGGGAAAAACAGGAACAGGCUCUUCAGUUGAUUGAUCAGCCAUGAACAUAAUGAAUGGCAGAGCAGUCUCAAAGAGCUGAAUAGCCUGUGCCACUCCUAUUAUUGUUCCCAAGCCAUAUUUUAUUCUUGCAUGGGAUGUGGCCACCACUGGCAAGGAAUGUGUUUUUGCCUGUUCCUAACUGCCCUUGAACUGAGUGGCUCGUGAGACCGUUUCAGAGGGCAGUUGAAAGCCAACCACAUUGCUGUUAUUUGGAGUCCCUUGUAGGUAAGGAUGGCAGAUUUCCUUUCAGAAAGAACAGGAGUGAACCAGAUAGGAUUUUACAAUAAUUGACAAAUGUCACAUGGCCACCAUUAGACCAGCUCUUUAAUCCAGAUUUUAUUGAACUCAGAUUUUACUGUGAUGGGAUUUGAACGCGUAUUCCCAAAACAUUAGCCGGGGACCUCUGGAUUACUAGCCCAAUGAUGGUACCACUACACCACCACCACCACCUCCACUAUGACAACAUUAACUUCAUUUAUAUUGCACAUUAAACAUGAAAAACAUAGAUCAUAGAAGAUUAGUGUACAGAAGAUGACCAUUUGGCCCUUUGUAUCUAUGCUGGCUGUUUGUAAAAGCAUCUCAACUAGGCACAUUCCCCACCUAGUACCCAUAACCCUGCAAUGCUUUUUCUGUUCAGGUAACUACCCGAUUCCCUUUUGAAAACCACGAUAAAUCUGCCUGUAUCAUAUUCUCAGGCAGUACAUUUCUGAUUCUAACUACUUGCUGGUUAAGAUUUUUCUUCAUAUCCCUGGGUUUCGCAGAACUCUAUGAAAAUAAGCUGAAGCAGUGGAGCAGAUGCUAGCGGAUUCAUGAGAUGACCUGUAGAGAGGAAUGUGAAGGUGACAGAAGAGAAUUAAGAAAGUAAUGGGUUUCAGGAGGAAAUCCAGGUAGCAGAAAAUACAGCUGAUUUCGUUGAGUGAAGGGUAAGAGUGAGGAGACAGAAGGCUAGAAUCAGAUGAAUGGACAGUACAGGCUAUGUGAGGGCAAUGGAUUGUGGGAAUCUAUAGGCAUAGAAAUAGGUAUUUUUAUGGAUGGAUUUAAAAAGAAAAUUAAAAGACUCAAAGGACUGACAACUAUUACAGAUCAGUUCAAUUGGGUGAGCAUGAUUUCGAGUUGAGUUAAGUUAUGGACUACAGAGAUUUAGAAAAGCUGAUGAAUGUAAAGUGUGAAGAGUGUAGGCUAACCGAUAAGACAUUGGAAUAAACAGAGUAGAGAGGUGGCAAAGUCAUUAAUGAGUAUUUCAGCAACAGAUCGACUACGUUAAGCAGUGUUACAAGAGUUGUUCUGAGGAAGGGUCACCAGACCCAAAACGUUAACUCUGAUUCUUCACAGAUUCUGCCAGACCUGUUGAGCUUUUCCAGAAACUUUCUUUUUCUUAGAGUGGACUGGAGAAAACAUUGGUUUUAAGUUAGUUUUAACAGGGCACCUCAGAUUUGGGCACUUUGAUUCAGCCUGAGAUGGUCAUUGUCAGAGAAUGUAAAUGGCGCCAAGGAAGUAAAUACAGUAGCUUUGGUUUUCCCUGUGCUUUACAGAAAGAAGGGAUGAGUCACUAUAGGUUAGAAAGUCUCACAGCAUGAUGGAAACGUCAGAGAAGUGGUGAAGUGGAGCUGAUUGUCAUUAGUAUGCAGGUGAAAAACUGCAUGGCUUUAGAUGGCAUUUCCAGGGGCAGCAUAACAAUAAAGAAAAUGAGAUCAGAGGUGGACUUUGAGGAUUCCAGACAUCAUGACAUGAAAAGAAAAGCUGUUAGAAUUUAUAAUUGAAAAUUAAGCUAAGCAAGGCCAGUUCCACUGAAAUAAAGGAAACAAAGCACUAGAGAAAUUCAGCAGGUCUAGCAGCAUCGGUGGAAAGAGAAACAGUUAAUGGUUUGAGUCCAAGUUCACAACAAUAUUAACCCAUUGUGUUGGUCAGAAAAUGAGUGAUGUUGUAUUCAAUGUGUCAGAAGUGGCAGAGGUUUUGGAGGACAAAGAGGGCUAAUAUGCACACAGUGCCACAGACGAUGUUAGAUUUUGUUAAAGCUGUUCUGGUAUAGUGAGGCAGUUAAAACCGACAAGUGAGUUUGAAGUAGGCAGCUGCUCCCACACUUCCCUAAUACAGCAAUGCAGAUUCGUGGUUUAUGGACAAAACCAGUAUGAUGGAGGUUAACUCUAAGAAGCACAGGAAAGUUAGCAUCAAAAACAUGGGAGGUAGAAAAUUUCCAAUUAGUAUUAUAUAUUAUUAGGGCUAGAAACUUUAGGGAUAAGAGGCUUAAAAUUUGAUAAGCAAUAGAAGAAUAUAAUGCUGUUGAAAUAUUGAAAGAAUUGCUGACUCUGGACUGCGAUGAUGAAUGAAAUUUCAUUUGCUCUGGAGAAAUCAAAUAGACAGGAAAAAACAUACUAAAGGAGCUUAUCCUGUUGUAGUUGAAAAUUUAGAUAUUGAACUCCUGCACAUAGAAAUCUUUAAGAUACAAAUUGCAGUGCUAUAACGAGGAAUAUGCUAAAGAUCACCAGGCUGAAAUAAAAGGAAGAGAGCUUAUUGUAUCAAGGUUUUUUUUGAGGAACUUGUUCUAAUAUAAAUUGACAACAAUACUUAAUAGUCCAGCAUUUGAAUUGAGAAAUUUAAAUUUUUAGCACACACUGAUUCAUAAACAAAUUAUUGAACAUAACAUCUGGAGCUUUGAAGUACAGAAGACAUUAAGGCAGCUAUACAUAAUGUUAUUAAUCUUAAAAUAAAUGAGAAAACUGCUUAAGGAAAUUUAACUGGGUGAAUACUUCUGUAAAGGACGUCUGGUACACCUUUAACGAUGUAAUUAACUUGAUGCUGGGCAGCACGGUGGCUCAGUGGUUAGCGCUACUGCCUUACAGGUCCAGGGACCAGGUUUGAUUCCACCCUCGGGCAACUCUCUGUGUGGAGUUUACACAUUUUCCCUGUGUUGGCAUGGGUUUCCUCCAGGUGCUCCAGUUUCCUCCCACAGUCCAAAGAUGUGCAGGGUAGGUGCAUUGGCUGUGCUAAAUUGCCCAGUGUCCAGGAAUGUGCAGGCUAGAUGGAUUAGUCAUAGAAAAUACAGGUAUACAGGAAAGGGGGGCUCUGGAUAGGGUGCCUUGUGGCGGGGCAGUGUGGACUUGAUAGGCUUAAAUGCCUGCUUCCAUUCUGUAGGGGAUUCUAUGACUAGAGGUAGUAAAUAAGCAUAACCUAAGCAAGUGUGGCCUCAUGAUUUAACGAAAGAAUAAGCAACAACUGAAGAAAAAAUCAAAUCCUCAAAUCCUACUGGGAGGAAAGUGAAGGGUUGUACACAUCUAAAAGUCUACAGCUCAGAAAGGGGCCCAUCAGCCCAGCCAGCCUGCACCAGUCAAAAACCAUAGAUGUUGGUGUGUUCGCCGAGCUGGAAGAUUUGAUAAGCAGACAU